CUCUCCCGAUCUCCCUCUCUUUCAAUCUCCCUCUCCCGAUCUCAACCCUCUCUUUCCAUGUAAUUUCCUCAACAUCUUGCUCAAAAUGCCAACGGAUUGAAGCUUUUUUGCCCUUUGCAGGGUUUUCAGCUAGCUCUGCUGCUCCCGAUGCAAGAUCUCGUGCGAGAACGGAGGAAAAUGAUGGAUUCUAGAGAUCUCUAGUGUUUUGGCAAGUUUCAUGUUGGGAUAAUCGAGAAAAUCCGAGCUCUUGGAGGUUUCCUUUUGAGAUAUGCUGAACAGCAGCGGCAUUGCUAGAAAAUCGAAGCUUUUUAUGAGAUUAUAGGGUUUCUGUUGAAAGUCCUAAUUCAGGUUGGCAUUCCUGCCUUAUCUGCCAUAAAAGCUCAAAGCUUCAAUGCUUCUGCUGUCCAAACUCAGUUUGCCAGGAUGUACAAGAGCCGCUGUGGUUGUGCAUGUUAAAAGGAAAAAAGGCUUCUGCACUAAUUGCUUAAGACUUGCUCUACUGAUAGAAGAAAACCUGGAUGUCGAUUCCGAUGGGGGUAAAGUGGAUUUUAAUGACACAGAGACGUGAAUUUUUGUUUAAGGAAUGCUGGGAUUUGAUAAAGCAGCAUGAAGGCUUAUCAGUGCAAGAUCUUCAUGCUGCAGAUGCCCUAUCGAAGAAGGGCAAGAACUAUGAGGAACUCCCUGAAGAUGAAAGGGAUUUAAUCUUUGAUGUUGGUGAAAUGGACCAAAAAAGUGAUGAUGAGUUUCCAUUAAUUGGAAAAUACACAGAAUAAGAUGUUUGGAAUUCCUUUUGAUACGCUUUGAUUGGAAUUCCUUUUUGUUCUUGGAUUUGCAGCUCGUGAUUUCCGUUUUAUCCUCUCAGGCAUAAAGAGGGCUUCCGAGUCUUACAAGACGGGAGAGAUUAGUACAGACAUUGUCCUGAAUGUGUCCAAUCUGAUGAAGGAUAUUCGCAUUUGCAUGGUAUCAGACGAUGACUUCUCCGAGGAAGAAUGUGAGGAUCUACGUUACAGAAUGAACGAAGGCCAUCUUAAAAGAAUGGAAGACAGCUGUUUUUGCUCACACAACUGCCGAGAUCGAAAGUACUAUCAUCAAGGCUUCCUAGCUCAUCUAGAUCAGUAUUAGAAAAAGUUCCUAACAUGGACGCCUCCUCUCGUACAUUUAUUAAACUAAUUGUGUAUACAUUUACCAUUAGCUCUAAUAUUAAUCUAGUGGAAGAAAAGAGCUAUUCAACAGGUGAGAAAUUGCUAUUUUGAUGCAGGGAGUAGAUAAAAGAUCUUAAACCUCUGAAACAGGGGAUGCCCAAUAAAGUUGAAGAGUGCCCUCGUUCUUCUUCUUUAAGUCCCACCACUGCAGGUUUGCAACCCCGAAGAGUGGGCUCUACUCCUUCCUAUAGCUUUAAUUUUAGAUGCAACAAACAAGCUAAUAAAAGAAGGGAGUUCUACUCUAAGCUUGAGGAAAAGAUUCAUGCAAAGGAAGUGGAGAAAACUACCAUGCAGGCCAAAUCUAAGUUCAUACAGAGACUUGGAACCCAAUGUGGUCUGUGGCAAGACGUGCAGCUACAGGUUUCGUAUGCUCCAAAGUUCGAGUCUGUUUCUGAUAUGAAGGACAAAUUGGAAGGCAGGAGAAGAGAAGUUCUAAGCUGACUAAACUAUGGAUU